GCUACAGUGAGGCCACUUAUUUUGCUGUGCCUCUUAGCAGAGUCGAAACAUGCCGAGCGCUGAACUGCAGUUCGGAAACUACUUUAGUGGGGAAUGAUGGAUUGUCGUACUCUUUUGGGUGGGUGGGCGUUAAUGAUGAAUGUGUAGCAGGCAGCGGUAUAAGUAUAAGACCGCGACUAUGAAUUGAAUUCUUCUUUGCUGCCACGCUCACUCUCACGAUCUCUACGUCUUUCUUUGCUUUACUUUCUGUUGUGCUCGAGUCACUCCUUUUGUUGCGCUCCUAGCAGGUCUAGAGCCGUUUCUUUCCUUUGCCAAAAAGUGAUCGUUCUCGUUCUGCGCAGCCUUCUCCCUUCACUUCAUCUACACCAACCCUCACGACGCACUGUAUCUAUUUCCACACCUACGAAAUACCAUGUUUCCCAAGACCACCAUGUACCCGACAACUCUCCUCCUUCUCGUCGCCCCCCUCACAACGCUGGCCCACAUGCACCUCGAACAACCUGUUCCUUUCAACCUCGCUCCUCUCCGCCGCGAAAACGCCCCCAUCAUACUCUCCUCGCAAUAUCCAUGCAACCCCACCAACGAGCCUGCCUUCCUUUCCGAUACCACCACCCCCAUGACCGUCGGCCAGAAGCAAGUCCUAAGCAUCGGCGGCACCGUCCCCCACGGCGGCGGCAGCUGCCAGCUCAGCAUCACCACCGACGCCAUCCCGACACCAAACUCGGCGUUCAAAGUCAUCAAGAGCUUUGAGGGCGGGUGCCCGGAUCCGACCGACACAACCAAGGAGUUUAACUUUGAGAUCCCCGCAGUGGUGCCGAAUGGGGAGGUGACGCUGGCGUGGAGCUGGCUGGCGCAGGUGACGGGGGAGUUCUACAUGAACUGCGCGCCGAUUACCGUUUCGGGUGGGGCGAAGGACGCGAGCGGGCUUGAAAAACUCCCCGAUAUGCUCGUCGCGAGUAAAGAUGUCACGGAGGCCGAGUGUACGUUCACGAGCCAUGACACUAUCUUCCCCGAUCCGGGAGAGGUGGUAGAGAAGAACGGUGAUGCUUCCAAGGCCGCGAAGCCGGUCGGCGCGGGCUGCGGCAAGACUUUCGUUGGCAAGAAUAUCGGCGCGCCCAAGGCCGCGAACUCGGCUGCGAAUUCGGCGACAACGGCAGUGCCUGCGCCAUCUGGUGGCGCCGGCGGCGUCUUCGCCCCCGGUGCGUCCAGCGCAGCUGAGGCUCCCUCUCCUUCAACAUCUACUCUUACCACCCUCAUCGCGGUCACCGCUACGCCUUCGGCACCGGAGUCACCUAGCAGUGUCGUGGGAACAGCCCCAGCGGCUGUUGGCACCGGGACCACGACAUCCUGUCCCACGGAUGGCAUGGUUGUAUGCAAUGGUACCGAGCAGUUCGGACUCUGCGACCACGGCAAGGCGGUCUGGCAGGCCGUGGCUGCGGGGACCAAGUGUCAGGAUGGGAAGGUGGUGAAAAGGGAAUUUAGAGCUGUGCGGCGGGGGCGGAUUCCGAGACCAAGGUUUGGCCAUUCGCAUUUUUGAGGGAGCAUGAAGAAAUCUAUAUGUUUUACGCAUUACGGUGUUGUACGCGGAGAAUGUGACUAGAUUGAAGGAUUAUAUAGAGAUGGCGGGAUAUACUUGUUGGCUGGUGGAUUUGUCGCAUUUCAAGGCGUCCAUGUGGCGCUUGAUUAGGCUUCUACGCUAGGAACUGCUGAAAUUAGAGGCACUGUACUCCUCAUGAGAUACGCAAUAGCUACUAUCACGCUCCAAUCCGUACGCAUGCACUUUCAUGUCCAAUUCAAGGAACUGAACUGCUCCUGCUCCGAUUUUAGCGGUGAUGAGUGGAUCUUCCUUCGAGACUAUCGGUGAAUUGGAAUUUCAGUCUGGGCA